AUGGCAUUAAGAUUUCCAAGGUUUAGCCAAGGCUUAGCUCAGGACCCCACUACUCGUCGUAUUUGGUUUGGUAUUGCUACCGCACAUGACUUCGAGAGUCAUGAUGAUAUUACUGAAGAACGUCUUUAUCAGAAUAUUUUUGCUUCUCACUUUGGGCAAUUAGCAAUCAUUUUUCUGUGGACUUCCGGAAAUCUGUUUCAUGUAGCUUGGCAAGGAAAUUUUGAGUCAUGGGUACAGGACCCUUUACACGUAAGACCUAUUGCUCAUGCAAUUUGGGAUCCUCAUUUUGGUCAACCUGCUGUAGAAGCUUUUACUCGGGGAGGUGCUCUUGGCCCAGUGAAUAUCGCUUAUUCUGGUGUUUAUCAGUGGUGGUAUACAAUAGGUUUACGCACUAAUGAAGAUCUUUAUACUGGAGCUCUUUUUCUAUUAUUUCUUUCUGUUAUAUCUUUACUAGGGGGUUGGUUACACCUACAACCAAAAUGGAAACCGAGCGUUUCGUGGUUCAAAAAUGCCGAAUCCCGUCUCAACCAUCACUUGUCAGGACUCUUUGGAGUAAGUUCCUUGGCUUGGACAGGACAUUUAGUUCAUGUCGCUAUUCCCGGAUCCAGAGGAGAGUACGUUCGAUGGAAUAAUUUCUUAGACGUAUUACCACAUCCUCAAGGAUUAGGUCCCCUUUUUACAGGUCAGUGGAAUCUUUAUGCUCAAAACCCCGAUUCAAGCAGUCAUUUAUUUGGUACCUCCCAAGGGGCGGGAACUGCCAUCCUAACCCUUCUUGGGGGAUUUCAUCCACAAACGCAAAGUUUAUGGCUAACUGAUAUGGCUCAUCAUCAUUUAGCUAUUGCAUUUGUUUUUCUUGUUGCGGGUCAUAUGUAUAGAACGAACUUUGGGAUUGGGCACAGUAUGAAAGAUCUUUUAGAAGCGCAUAUUCCCCCAGGGGGACGAUUGGGACGCGGACAUAAAGGUCUUUAUGACACAAUCAACAAUUCGCUUCAUUUUCAAUUAGGACUUGCCCUAGCGUCUUUAGGUGUUAUAACUUCCUUGGUAGCCCAACACAUGUACUCUUUACCUGCUUAUGCGUUCAUAGCCCAAGAUUUUACGACUCAAGCUGCGUUAUAUACACAUCACCAAUACAUCGCAGGAUUCAUUAUGACAGGAGCUUUUGCUCAUGGAGCUAUAUUUUUCAUUCGAGAUUACAAUCCGGAACAGAAUGAAGAUAAUGUAUUGGCAAGAAUGUUAGACCAUAAAGAAGCUAUUAUAUCCCAUUUAAGUUGGGCCAGUCUCUUUUUAGGGUUCCAUACCUUGGGUCUUUAUGUUCAUAAUGAUGUCAUGCUUGCUUUUGGUACUCCAGAAAAACAAAUUUUGAUCGAACCCAUAUUUGCUCAAUGGAUACAAUCUGCUCAUGGGAAAACUUCAUAUGGGUUUGAUGUACUUUUAUCCUCAACAAGUGGACCGGCAUUCAAUGCGGGUCGAAGUAUAUGGUUGCCUGGCUGGUUAAAUGCUGUUAAUGAGAAUAGUAAUUCCCUAUUCUUAACAAUAGGGCCUGGAGACUUUUUGGUUCAUCAUGCUAUUGCUCUAGGUUUACAUACAACUACAUUGAUCUUAGUAAAAGGUGCUUUAGAUGCACGCGGUUCAAAGUUAAUGCCAGAUAAAAAGGAUUUCGGUUAUAGUUUUCCUUGCGAUGGUCCAGGACGAGGCGGUACUUGUGAUAUUUCGGCUUGGGACGCAUUUUAUUUGGCGGUUUUCUGGAUGUUAAAUACCAUUGGGUGGGUUACCUUUUAUUGGCAUUGGAAACACAUCACAUUAUGGCAGGGUAAUGUUUCACAAUUUAAUGAAUCUUCCACUUAUUUGAUGGGAUGGUUAAGAGAUUAUCUAUGGUUAAACUCUUCACAACUUAUCAAUGGAUAUAAUCCAUUUGGUAUGAAUAGUUUAUCGGUUUGGGCCUGGAUGUUCUUAUUUGGACAUCUUGUUUGGGCUACGGGAUUUAUGUUCUUAAUUUCGUGGCGUGGAUAUUGGCAGGAGUUGAUUGAAACUUUAGCAUGGGCUCAUGAACGCACACCUUUGGCCAAUUUGAUUCGAUGGAGAGAUAAACCGGUAGCUCUUUCCAUUGUACAAGCAAGAUUAGUUGGAUUAGCCCACUUCUCCGUAGGUUAUAUAUUCACAUAUGCGGCUUUCUUGAUUGCCUCUACAUCGGGCAAAUUCGGUUAA